GAGGGAAGAGGCCGCAGAAGCCGAAGCCCUGACCCACCGCCAGGCAGGGGCUGCGGUGGCGCCGACUGUCCCCCUAAUACCCAUCAACUCCGCGAGGCACUCGGUGGCCGCGUGAAGCACAAGAUGGGCACUGGGCGGGUGUCACCUACUAGGAAGCGCCUCUGAUUACACUCAGCACCGCGCCGCUCCCAUCACCACUUUUGUACAGGAGACCGGAGGAGCCCGUGUCGGGGCGACACGGGGACACCAAGCCCCCGCCAGCGCUGUUCGCCCUUUGCCCGCAGAGCCGGCGCCCCCCAUGCGCCAGGCAGCCGAUCGGUGGCGUCUGGGGGCGCCAUGGCCUCGGCGACCGCGGCGGCGGCGCCGGGCGAAGCGGAGGAGACCACCCGGCUCCGCAAGCCGCGCUUCUCCUUCGAGGAGAACCAGAUCCUGAUCAGGGAGGUGCGUGCCCACUACCCUCAGCUCUACGGCGCGCAGAGCCGUCGGGUGAGCGUGGCCGAGCGGCGGCGAGUGUGGGACAGCAUCGCCACCAAGAUCAACGGCAUCACCAGCUGGAAGCGCACCGGCCAGGAGGUCCAGAAGCGCUGGAAUGACUUCAAGCGCCGCACCAAGGAGAAGCUGGCUCGCGUGCCGCACUCCACGCAGGGCGCGGGGCCCGCCGCCGAGGACGCCUUCUCCGCGGAGGAGGAGACUAUUUUCGCCAUCCUAGGGCCGGGCGUGGCGGGCGCCGGGGCUGAGGAGUCCCCGGCAGCCGCCUCGUCCCAGCCUCAGGUUCCGACCUCCGGUACGCAGCGGUAUGUGCUGUCAGAAGACCGCAGACCUAACCGACGGGCAGAUGCCCCAGUGCAGAGCAAGGGGGCCUCCAGCAGCCCAGAGUCCUGGGCCCGGCCCCCGUGCAAUCCCCAGGAAGCCAAGGAGCGUGAGGCCCCGUCCCCUGCAGCCAUGCAGCCUGUCCAGCUGCCCCGCCUGGCCUUGUCUCCGCUCCCUGCUCCUCCACCGCCACCCACGCCGCUGGCCCAAGUGGCACCAUCAUGCCCUAGCCCCCCUCCUCCUCCGCCGCCGCCGCCGCCACCCACCUCAGCCCCGGAACAGUCCCUGGACUUCCUGCGGGCUCAGCAGGAGACUGCCAAUGCCAUCAGGGAGCUGGCUGGCACCCUUCGGCAGGGACUGGCCAAACUGAGCGAGGCCCUCAGCGCCCUGUUACCCCUUCUGCCAGGAACCCCAGCUGAGCCGCUGCCUCCGCCCCCACCCCCACCUCCGCCCCCACCUCCCAAGCCGGUCCUGCCAUCACCUGCCCCCAAGGUGGAGAUCACCGCAGAGCCUGUAUCCGUGGUAGCUGCUGUCGUGGAUGGGGCCGUAGUGGCAGCUAGGGGAGUGAUCAUGGCCCCUAGGAGUGAGGAAGGGGUACCCAAACCCCCCUCAGCCCCACCACUUCCCCUCCACGACUCACCCCCACACAAGAGGAGGAAAGGUUUCCCUUCUCGGAAAAGGCGGGGCCGCUGGAAGUCUCCGUGAAACCUACUCCUGUCUAUGCUCCUGCCUGCAACCCCUCUCCCUGCUUGGCGCAGUCGAGGAGGAAGAUGCUCUUUGCCCAACCCUGCUGCACCCUGGCUUCCUGCUCUAGGGGAGUGAGCACCCCACUUCCUGUGCUAGUUAGUGCCUGAUUUCUCUGGGUGAGUGCCCGGGUGGACUCCCUCAGCCCCUCUCUCGGAUAGGCGGUGUCUGCCCGACUGCCUCCUGUAACCCCAACUUCUAAGCCAUCAAUUUUAUGUUACUGUAUUACCCUUGGUGGGGUGGGAGGGGGACCUCCUGGCUCUGCGACAUGCCCCUUCGAAAUCAUUGCUGUUCUUGACUUGAAGAGAAGCAACGCUCCCCACUCCCCCAGCCCGGAAUCCUUUGGAGGGGGUGGGAGUUGCUUGACAAAUGAGAACAUAGAAGGUGGAGGACUUUAGGGAAAGGGAGGCAGAAUUCUGACUGGGGAAGUAUAAUGGGGUCCUGUGCCUCCCGUUGCUGCGUGGCGUGUCUGACCUCCAGAGCUCAGACACCCCCCCCCCUUUUCUCCUCAGUGCUGACAAGAUGUCAAUAAACUUAUUUUCAUAC